AUGGCGGGAUCUCCGAUCCGUCGUCGGAGGGUUUUCCGUUUUCUGCUCACUGCUCUCCUUCCGCUCCUCUCUGCAGGCUCAGCGUAUUAUGAUAACGUCCGUCCUUUGGCCUACCCGGACUCGGACGCUGUGCUCAUCUGUUUCGACAUCAGCCGCCCGGAGACCCUGGACAGUGUGCUCAAGAAGUGGCAAGGGGAAACUCAGGAGUUCUGCCCCAACGCGAAGAUCGUGCUGGUUGGCUGCAAGCUGGACAUGCGGACAGACCUAAACACGCUCCGGGAGCUCUCCAAGCAGCGCCUCAUCCCCGUGACGCACGAGCAGGGCAGUGCGCUGGCACGGCAGAUCGGGGCAGUGGCCUAUGCAGAGUGCUCCUCCAAGGUCUCGGAGAACAGCGUACGGGAUGUCUUUCACGUGACCACGCUUGCCUCGGUCAACAGGGUGCACAAGAACUUGAAGCGCAGCAACUCCAAACGGGGACUGAAGCGGGCAUCACAGAUGCCUGGCAGGACGGACUUACUGAAUGACACAGAGAUCAGGAAAGACCGAGCCAAGAGCUGCUCCAUCAUGUGAAAAACAGGCUGUAAAUAACGCGUGUGUGUUGUCCAUUUUGUACAGUAACUGGCUGAGACAGGGGCAUGGUGCUGGCUGCAGGAGCCAGCCUGCCUUUCCAAAGCCUUUCUCUCGGUCUCUAGGGCUGAGCAAAGGUCCCAGCUGCAAACUGGGGUGCACGAGUCGCCCCCCACCGUGGAGACUUCUGGGUUGGCUGCUGCUGUGCGGAUUGCUUGGGGUGAAGGAACCACUUGGCAGAGGAGUAUUCAGGUGCUGGAAGGUCUGUGAGUGGGUGAAACAAAGCAAAAGGGAGUGAUCCUAUGUGGGUGCCACCCUCCUGUACCCCUGGCUCAGCCUCUGCGCCUGUGUGCAGCU